AUGGGCGGAGCCGGCGAAGGCGACGCGUGGGCGGAUCAGGAGCAGGGCAACGGCGGGGGCAGCCGUGGUGUUGGCGGCGGCGGCGAGGCGAAGCGGUCGGAGAUCUACACGUAUGAGGCCGCCUGGCACAUCUACGCGAUGAACUGGAGCGUGCGCCGCGAUAAGAAGUACCGGCUUGCCAUCGCCAGCCUCCUCGAGCAGGUCACCAACCGCGUCGAGGUCGUCCAGCUCGACGAGGCCUCGGGUGACAUCGCCCCCGUCCUCACCUUCGACCACCAGUACCCGCCCACCAAGACCAUGUUCAUGCCGGACCCGCACGCCCUCCGCCCCGACCUCCUCGCCACCUCCGCCGACCACCUGCGCAUCUGGCGCAUCCCGUCCCCCGACGACGCCGAGGACGGCGCCGCCUCCGCCAACAACAACAACGGCUCCGUCCGCUGCAACGGCACCCAGCAGCCGGGCAUCGAGCUGCGCUGCGAGCUCAACGGCAACCGCAACAGCGACUACUGCGGCCCGCUCACCUCCUUCGACUGGAACGACGCCGACCCGCGCCGCAUCGGCACCUCCUCCAUCGACACCACCUGCACCAUCUGGGACGUCGAGCGCGAGGCUGUUGACACCCAGCUCAUCGCCCAUGACAAGGAGGUCUACGACAUCGCCUGGGGCGGUGCGGGGGUCUUUGCCUCUGUCUCCGCCGACGGCUCUGUCCGCGUCUUUGAUCUACGGGACAAGGAGCACUCAACAAUCAUUUAUGAGUCUGGUUCAGGUGGCAGCGGCGGAGGUGGUGGCGGUUCCAACUCGGGCGCCGGGGAUGGUGGGGCUGCGUCCCCGACACCACUCGUGAGGUUGGGCUGGAACAAGCAGGACCCAAGGUACAUGGCCACCAUCAUCAUGGACAGCCCCAAGGUGGUUGUGCUUGAUAUCCGCUACCCAACACUGCCAGUGGUAGAGCUACACCGGCACCACGCCCCUGUCAAUGCCAUAGCGUGGGCGCCUCACUCUUCUUGCCACAUCUGCACAGCUGGGGAUGACAUGCAGGCACUGAUAUGGGAUUUGUCAUCUAUGGGAACUGGUAGCAAUGGCAGUGGCAAUGGGAAUGGUAACGCAGCCACGGCAGCAGCAGCAGAGGGCGGUCUUGAUCCCAUUUUGGCAUAUACAGCAGGGGCAGAGAUUGAGCAGUUGCAGUGGUCGGCGACCCAGCCUGACUGGGUUGCAAUCGCAUUCGCCAAUAAGCUUCAGAUUCUCAGGGUCUGA